AUGGACAGCUUCGACUCGGUAGCGCCUUUGUGGGAUUUUUCUCAGGCCCCAACAUCUUUCUCUCAGCUCGGCGACGACGACUUCCUCGCUCUCCUGCAGAAGCAGUUCAAUCCUGAUAUCGGAACCACUGCACUCAACUCUCUUGGGUCUCUUCAUGACGGUGUUGACCCUUCUAAGCUCUCAAACCUACCUCCCCCUGCUCCACCGCCUCCUCUCAGUGACGACAGUAGCCCAAGCCCCCCUAGUAUGCAUAGCGUCAAUGACUCCAUUUCUUCUCGCAGGCAAUCGGGCACCUACGCUGCUGGGGAUGGAGAUUCUGACGAUCAUGCUCUGAAGCGCAAGGCGAGUGAUGAGGAUCUCGAAGAGGGCCCCAGCCACAAAACUCAACACACCGCCAACAAGAAGGGGUCCUCUCGCCGUAAAUCAGGUAACCCGUCACAGGACGAGUCCCGACUGCUGAAGAGAAAGGAACAGAACCGGGCAGCCCAGAGAGCAUUCCGUGAGAGAAAAGAGAAACAUGUCAAAGACCUGGAGGACAAAGUUGCAGACCUAGAGACGAAGAACGAGAUGUCGCAGACGGAAAAUGAACAUCUCAAGGAGCUACUUCGUCGUCUGCAGGAUGAGAACCUGGUGCUCAAACAGUCUUCAUUCACAUUCUCUGUCCCAAGGGCAUCCACCUCGUCCGGAAAUAGCUUCAAGAACGCGGCGACUACUUCAUUCAAUCCUCCCCCGAACCCCACAAAUGUCGUAACAAACUUACCAGCUUCGACGACACCACCUACACCGUCGCUCGAUACGCCUUCGAGUUUCCCUUCAGAUAUCGAUUUCGGCUCUUUGACGCCGUUUGAUAUCAAUAUGCUUGACGAUAAUCAGGUAUCACUCGGCGGCAUGAGUUACGACUUUGGCCAUGGACAGGGUGUACUUCCGACCAAAACUCCCUACAAGACUAUCGCGAGCAACCCUAUGUUCAUGUCCUUUGCCGAUCCAUCUCCUCUCGAUUCCCGAGCCUUCACCGCCAACAGGACUUCAAACGGCGCUUCCACAUCCAGCGCGACGACUCCGUUCGACCUUCAGGCAUUCAACCUGUGGUCAGGACAGUCGCCACAGUCUGAAAUCAGCCAGUCGAACCAUUCUGGUUCGUUGGAUGAGCUCUUUGGCGGCAGUAUGUUUGGCACACAGGCGCCCGUGGACUUCAGCGUCCUGAUGAAAAGUCCGUCGACAUCGUCCAUCAGCCCCGUGCUCCAUUCGCAUUCCACCACUCGUUCGCCCCCCUCUUCAUCCACCUCCCCUGCGAGCUCCGCCGCCGCCAACUCGCCAUUUACUGCCACGAAAGAGGGAGAGUCUAGCACAGCCCAUUCACCUGAUACAUGCCCGAAGACAAAAGAGGAUCUGGAAAGGCGCAUCGAGGCCUCGGGCAGUUCAAUGUUUGCACCACCGCCGGCCUCCGAUUCGUCCUUUGCGACCGUACGGAAAGCGUCCGAAGGAGACAAAGGGCCGAUGGUGACGUGUAAAGGUGCCACCUUCCCCAUCACCGAGAAGAGCGAGAAGAACGUCGAAGUGCUGAGCGCAUGGCGAAGCAUUACGUCGCAUCCACACUUCAAGACCAGCGGACAACAGAACAUAGACAUCAAUGAGCUCUGUGCCGAGUUUACGGACAAAGCACGGUGCGACGGGACGAAGGUCGUGCUGGACCCGCAGGGGGUCAACCAGAUACUCGAGAAGCUCGCGUCCAAGCUCUCACCGUGAGCACGGUGCGGCGGUGGCCUGGCGCUAGCCUAUCGAAGCUUUGGACACUCAGUACUCAGGCCAUGUUGUAUUUUGUACGACAGCACACAAACGCUCUGGCUCCGUCGAGUUUUUUUUUGUUAUCCUCUUGCAUCAGUCCGCAUCGUCCUUUUGUAUUUUUGGUCUAAUUCGCCUUUCUUCUCGAGCUAUAUAUUCCACGUCUUUCUAGCCAUCGCUUAUGUCCGUUCGUCCGUCCGUCAACCCAUCAGUGGGUCGAUUCGCGUUCCGCAUGUCUGUCAGUCCGUCGAAUACUUGGCCGUACUAUUCAUCCUAUCCCUAGCAUAGACAGAACUACGACGCAUGUGCGUUCGGGCCUGCCCGCGUGUAUCAUUGUUGCAGUCUCGACGCAGUUAUGAGUCGUGUGUCCGUUCGCAUCUCCCCCUUUCUAUUAUUGUAUAUCCCGUUCAAGUUCACAUUCUCCUUGCUCCCCCCUUCCCCUGCCCCUACUCAGAUUCAUAUCGUGUUCCAUGACCGACUGAUGUGUGUAUCACUUAUUCCGCUCGUGUGUCGCU